GAUGAUGUUGAUAUGUACAUGAAGCAGCCUGAGAAUGAGACGGCAGAUAUUGCACUUCAAAAGUUGGAUGAACAACACAAGAAAUACAAGUUUAUGGAGGUUAAUCUAAUGCAGAAAAAGAAGAGGUUGAAGCAGCAAGUACCCGACAUAAAACAAACUCUAGAUAUCUUGCGGCAUGUCAAGAAGAAAAAGGAAUCAGAAGAGUCGCUUAGUACAAGAUUUCUACUUGCCGACCAGCUCUACUGUCAAGCAGAUGUCCCACCUACAGAUAGAGUAUGCUUGUGGCUAGGAGCUAACGUCAUGUUGGAGUAUUCAACCGGGGAGGCUGAAACCCUGCUAGCUAAGAACCACCAGGCUGCGAAUGAGAGUUUAGCUCAGAUAGAAGAAGACCUUGAUUUCAUUCGGGAUCAGUACACUACCACUGAAGUCAACAUGGCUAGAGUUUACAACUGGGAUGUCAAAAGAAGACAAGCACUUGCAGGAACAGCAGCAAGUGCAUCCGCAUCCUAAGCAAUAAAAGAUGAAACUUGCUUUGCAUAUUUUCUUCUAUUUCCUCUUGAAUCACUGCUAGCCUGGUAGAAAUGAUUUUCCUUAGUUCAGCGCAUCAUAGUACACCUCUGCAUGAACAUGCAUGGAUGGCACAUGCAGGCCUCUCAGUAAUGCAGUAGGGUUGGUAGCAGUGUCAUCUUAUAACAGCUCACAUACAUCUAAUGCCACUGAGUGUAAUUUGCACGAUGAGCUGUACACUUGGAUUCUAUCGAUUCAGGAGUAUACCCAAGCUUGUCUAUUUUCUCAUGGUUUAUUUCACUCGUGAUUGCCUCCUGCCUAAGUUGCCAGUGUAGUGGCGUUGGAUUGCAUGGUGGGGCAAAAAUGUUUGUUAGAAUAAUAAGUUCAUAAUUCUGCCAUUUGUAUUUAAACCCCAUGAUUGAUGGGUUAGUCGAGGUGUGUUAAUACUUUUGAAAAUUACAUUGUAGCAAUAAAGCUAAACACCGUGUUUCAAACAAGCACAUGUACAGGUUUUGUAACAGUGCUUUUAAUAAAUGUAAAUUAUCACCUAGUAAUUAAUUCCUUAUAAUUAUGCAGUUAACCAUCCUCCUCCAAAUUCGAAUGGGUAAUUUUCAUUGUAAGUUAUACAUGACUGUCAUGUAGCUUUUUGGUAGAUAAGCUUGACUAUUAUUAUGUUAAAUAUGCCCGUGCUUUGACUCUUGACAUCUCCUAAAAACCUUGUGACAUUAGAUACAUAAUUGCGCAUAGAAAACACAAUUAUGUUAAAUUUGCAUUUACUCAAUCUGUGACAGACUAUGAAAUUCUGCUAAAAGCUUUGAUAAACAUAACACAAUAAAUGUAUUUAUGGACGAGUACAUAGAAAGUAUACAUACAGCAACUUUUUACCCUGUAA